AAUCCCUUUGUCUCGCAUUCUAUAAGCUCACAAUUCUCCCCGCAUUACAUUCACUUUUUGAAGGAUGAGCAAUCAACUCAGCAGCCGUCUAGGGCGGUUCGGCUUCAGUGGUGUUAAAAAGAACAACAAUAAUCCCUCCCCUCCUCCGAAUACUGGCCAGCCAUCUGGUCCCCCUCCGAACCAAGCCGGAAUUACGAGACCUUCGUCGUAUCCCCCACCAUACGCUCCUCCCCCCCACCCAGCGGGUAGAUCGGCUAGCCCAAUGCCUCCGCCAGGACCCUACGGCCCGGGUCAGCUCGGUCCUAUUCCCCCACAGGGACAGAUGCCCAUGGGCAUGCAAGGUCCUCCUCCCGUCCCCUACGGUGGACAUCCACCAGUUUACCCUGCUGGAGCUCCCCCGAUGCCUCACCGGGACAAUCAUCCUGGGAUGCACCAGAUGCAGAAUAGGCCUCAGGCGGCGGAAGUUGAAGGUACCAACAAGAGCAAGGCACAGUUGAUCGUUGGAAUCGAUUUUGUGAGUACGCCAAGGCGUGAUUGUUUUGUUUAGGCGGUGGGGGGGAUAUUUGCUGAUAGGUUUGUGUAGGGUACCACCUUCAGCGGUGUCGCAUUCGCGUUUGCUACGGACCAGGAAGCGAAAGAGGAUAUUAUCACCGAGUGGCCCGGUGCGGGUAACCAGACUAAGAAUAAGGUGAACCCGCAUUCUUUAUUUCCCCGACCUGGCUUACAACCUUAAUCUGCAAUCAAACCGAUCAUGUCUAACCUGCACGCAGAUCCCCACUGUUUUGUAUUAUGACCAGUACCAGAAGGUUGUCGGCUGGGGUCCCGAUAUUGCGGAUGCUUUGGCUCCUACUGGUUACCCUAAGCCUGGCGUACAAAAGGUAUUAUAUAUUGACCUCUUUUGGGAAAAUGAUUAUAUUAUAUACUAAAUUUGGGCAGGUCGAAUGGUUCAAACUGCAGCUCAUGCUUUCCGGAAAUACCUACAUUGAUCCUAUCAAUCUUCCCCCUCUUCCUCCCGGAAAAUCGGAAGUUGAUGUCGCUGCGGACUAUCUCUUCAAGCUGCGCCAAGCCAUGAGGGCUCAGCUUCAGAAGACCUUGGGAGAAGUCUUCAACCGUGAGGAGCGUAACAUCCGCUAUUUCCUGACCGUACCGGCCAUUUGGAAUGACGCGGGAAAGGCUGCAACCAGAGCUGCGGCUAUUCAGGCGGGUUUCUUGAGAGACGAAAAUGACAAUAGGUUGACAUUGAUUACCGAGCCCGAGGCCGCGGCAAUGUUCUGUUCCAAGACUGGACUUCUUAACCUUAAGAUUCAUGAUGCCGUUCUCAUUGUCGAUUGUGGUGGCGGGACUGUUGAUUUGAUCGCGUACGAAGUCGAAGAAGAGGUUCCUUUCUCUGUAGCAGAGUGUACAGCAGGUUCCGGCGACUCUUGCGGUUCUACAGCUCUUAAUAGGAACUUUUCAAACAUCCUGCGCGCCAAGAUCAGAAAGAUGAAGUUGCCGGAUGGAUCGAGAACUGCUGGGAAGGUGUACGCCAAAUGUAUUAUGGAUUUUGAGAACCGUAUCAAGGCGGACUUUAGAAAUAAUGGACAGAAGUGGGCCGUUGAUGUCGGUAUCGAGGCUGAGUUCCCUGACGCUGGUAUCGAGGAAGGUUACAUGACUUUCACCAAUGAGGAGAUUCUCCAAUGCUUCGAACCUGUGGUCAAUAGGAUCCUGGAGUUGGUGAGGAAUCAGAUUAUUGCUAUCCAGGCGCAGAAUAGACAGCUUCAGGUAUGUUUUCGAAAUGGAUGCUACCGAGGGGUUGCGGUCGUAACUGAGAUUAUUUCGAUAGAAUGUGUUGGUUGUGGGUGGAUUUGGUGCUUCCGAGUACUUGUUCCAGCAAAUCAAACUACACGUGCCUCCUCAGUUCCAGUCGAAGGUUGUGCGCCCUAUGGACUCUGUAGCCGCUAUUGUGAAGGGGGCUGUCACUGCCGGAAUCACUGAAAAGGUUGUUACAUCGCGCGUCGCCCGCAGACAUUAUCUCAUGGCGACUCUACAACCGUUCAAGGAGGGGCAUCACCCCGAGCAAUACCGUGUGCCCAGCUUGGAUGGGAAGGACAGGUGCAAGUAUACUCGCCAGAUUUUCGUCACCAAGGGACAGAGAGUCAAGAUUGGAGAACCUGUCAAGGUUUCUUUCUUCAGACAGGUUGCUCCCGGUGCUACUCUAAUGUAUGAGGAUAUCCUAUAUGCCUGCGAUGACGAUGUUUGUCCGGAGUAUACCAAAGACCCUCGUUAGUAUCCCCAUCAUUCAUCCAACUCGGUAUGAGAUACUUAUAUAUAAGCUAUGAUACAGGCAUCAAGGAAGUUGUAACGCUCACCUCCGACUUGUCUCGGAAGAAUUUGGAGAAGGACUUUGAGAGGAUGGACACUCCUCAGGGAACCUUCUACAGGGUCUAUUUCGAUAUUUUCCUCACCCUUGACGGAUCGGAAUUUAAUGCGGAGUUGGUCUGCCAGGGCGAGGUUAUGGGUCGUUGUGUAGCAAAGUUCAGGUAGAGUUACUGUUGUGGGGUUUUCCAUUUUCCAUUUUUCGGUUCGCGGACGCAAGCGAGCCAGUAGGCUGCUCAGAGAAGUUACCAAUGGGGAUUUAUUUCGUUAAAGCAAAGCUUGGUGUUUACUCUAUUUUACCCUUCUUUUAUUCUAUUCCUUUCUACUUGUGAAUUUUAGAGAUUCAAAAAAAUCUUUGAAAAGACGGAUUGGGAAAAUGCCGGAUCGAGAGCAGAGGGGAGACUUAGUACAUUUAUUUUGCUCCGCGAACAAUCUUUUUCAUUUUUAUUAUUUUUUCUCAUCACUGUCAUACCCUUUCCUGUUCCAUUAUUUCUGCUCUGCCUCGCUCUGCCUAGUCUCGCUAUACUCUGCGCCAUCUCUGCCCAACUCUUAUAUCAACACCUUUUUUGUUUUGCGCUCUUCCUUGAAAUCCAUGCUUCUACAAACAUGCGCUAUGGAAAUGCUUACCCUCAAUUCUCCCUUUCUCCCCCCCCCCCUCUUUGCCACCUCCUUCCGUAAUUGUUCUUAAUUGGGUCUGCGCCCUUUACUUUUUUUUUUUUUACAAUUUGUAGGAUUUUGGCCCCUUGGAGAGCAUCAGGGGGAUCCUUUAUUUUAUUUUCCUUCUCGUUGUUUGGGGUGUACAUUGCUCGAAAUGAAUGGUGAUGGGUGAGAAGGAAGCGCGUGUGGGUAAUAGCUUUGUGAGAUAAUGAGAUGUUGUUAUGCUGGGUUUGGUUCAAGUAGGGUGUAAUGGCAGCUUGUGACAUG